AACCAAAACGCCGAGAAAGCGAGAGAGAGAACAGAGGAAGAAGACGAAGCGACGAGAGACGAAGACGAAGCGACGAGAGACAGAGACGAACCGUAGAACGGAUAAUCUACGAAUACGUAUACGCGUGCGUAUUUCUCUACUCAUCUCUCUCAUCGUAACGUUAAAGAAAGUGAUUCCCCUCCAAAAAAGAAACCCUCCGAUUCCGGUAAACAACCAUUUCUCCGUCGCGAACCUAAUCGGUGACGACUGUUGUUGAUCAAGAAGAAGAUUUUAAAGUUGAAAGAUCAUGGAUAUUCCAGAGAAGAUGAACCAACUGAAUCAAGGCUCGAGCUCAUCUCUUACCAAUAAGCGAAAGAGAGGUCGUCCUCGCAGAGACGAAAGCCAGACUCAGCUACCAGUGAACCCACUUGUUAGUACUACUAUUGACGAGAAUCUGAUUGGUCAAGUUGUUUCUGGUGUGGUUGAAGGUUCUUUCGAGGCAGGCUAUUUUCUCAAUGUAAAGGUUGCUGACACAGAAAAGCAAUUGAAAGGCGUUGUUUUCUUACCAGAGAAAGUCACUCCAGUUACCCCAGCAACUGAUCUGUUUCCCCAAGCUAAGAUGUAUGCAAGAAACGAUAUCCCGAUUCCCUCGUUAAACCAACAAACUCCACUUCAGGGAAAGAAAAACGCUGGGAGUCAAACUGAUGACAUCGGUUCUGAGCUUCAAACAGAUGCCUUGAUCGCUGAUAAGAACCAAUCUGCUACUUGCACCACAUCGCUGCCCGAUAUUCAUCCAAUGAGUGAUGCUGGUGUUGGUUCUGUGGCUAUCGGUGAGAGGAAUGAUCCUAUUGAUACACUGAUGAAAGAUGUUGGUGGCUCUUCUGCAGAGGGGAAACUCAUUGAACCUGAAAGCCAAACCCUCUCUCUCAUGCCACAGUUUGGUAGUGAUGGCGUACCAAAAGAAGAUCAUACUGUUCUGAGAUCCGAAGCUUGUGCAGCAAGUAAGACAGCAGUUACAGUUACUACUACUUCACCUAAAGAUUCAAUUGCUAAAGGUUCUACUACUUUGGUUGAUUUCUUUCCAGCACCUGAGGCGACGCGAAAGCAGGACACAGGAUCCAGCUCUACACUGAACCUUGAACUCUUUCAGAAUGAAACUAAACGAUCAGGAACAGAGGAUGAGAAAUCUCCUGCAGAUGCUGAACCUCGUGGAAUGGAGGAAAAACCGGCUUCUACCGUUGAAGAUGUGCCAGAGGAGCUUCAGCUAGAGCUUGGCAACAAGAAAAUGAGUGCAUCAGGCAUUGCUACUGAAGCAAAUCCUGAUCAGUCUGCUUCAUCAAAGAGCGGGUUCUUGGCGAAUGCUUUUGAAGGAAAAGAAGAAACAGCAAAAGAUCAAGAAGAAUCUAAUGCAGCUUCAGAGAGUGGCUUCCCAGAGGCAACAACACAAGUAGAUGAUAAUGAUUCUUGAGAAGUGAAAUGCAACAUCAAAGAAGCUGUUGGUAUUAUUGAGGAACUGAACAGUUUUUUGUUUUUCCCUCCUUUUGGUUAGAAUAGUUAGUAGAAAACUCUUUAGUAGGCUCUUUUCUCUCUUUUGUGGCAUUUUUGUUUUUGGUCUUGUGCCAAAAAUAAAAUAAGAACUCUUAGGCUUAAAUCUUUUGCCUUUGGUUUUUCCUUUUUUUCCCUUCACGGUAAUGCAACUUUGGUGGUUUUCUC